ACCAGCGGCCAGUCUCAGUGUCUGUCUGUGUGCGCGCCAGUGUGAACGUGUGAUAUUUUGUACUCCCUGUGCCGCUGAGAGAAAAAAGCCAGGGAGAGAGUGACAUUUGAAACAUUACGUAACAGUUCAUGCUAAUUCACGGACAUGUAACCCACGGAACUUGAAACCCCGUAGAGAUUGCGUGUUAUCUUUAUCUUAUCACUGCCGCCCUUGUCUCCCUUCGCUCCCACGUUGUCCCUGCCAUCCACACAAGGUAAUUUAAGACGAGACCAGAGGAUCCAGGUACCAAAGAGAUUCAAUGGAGCUUCUUGUCAACAUGAUCACCGGACAGAGGUCAUAGCCAACAUUAUAGACCGCAGUACAGACGGUACACUGACGCCCCCAAGAACGCCUGACCUGCACCACUCUGUAGCUACGAUUUCGUCAGGAUGAGUGAGGAGAACGGUACCUCGGACACCUGCACGCCUACCCACGAACAGAACCCCUACGGCCGCUCUAUCGUCUUCCUCGGGCGGGAAAGAUCACCUGCCUUCGUCACCGAGUCUACCCGCCUACCUGCCCGCCUCACCCCUGGCCAGGUGCUCGUCAAGGUGGAGCUGGCAACAAUCUGCGGCUCAGACUUACACACCCUGAACGGAACCAGAACCACAUCACAACCCUGUGUACUGGGCCACGAGGGCAGCGGUCUGGUGAUAGCCUCGGCGAGAGAGGGAUUGCGGGAGGGCCAGCGGGUAACGUGGGGCGUGUGUGCCUCGUGCAACAAGUGCCUCCACUGUUCCAUUGGGCUGGAGAACAAAUGCAAGACGCUUCAGAAGUGUGGACACACCGUGGUGUCCGCCGCCCCUCUCUUCGGGACAUACUCCACCCACGUCCUGUGUCCCCCUGGUACACCAGUGGUUCCUCUGCCCCCCGCCCUCACGCCCACACUAGCUGCCCCCAUCAACUGUGCCCUUGCCACCAUGGUCAAUGCACUCUCCAAAGUGCCGCCCUCGCCGCCUCUGGGCCAGCCUGGGGCGUCCGUGGCCCUAGUGCAGGGGGCAGGCAUGCUGGGACUGUACGCCUCCGCCCUGCUUAAGGAGGCGGGAUUCUCCAAGGUGUUCUGUGUGGACGUCAACAGAGUGAGACUGACGAGAGUGGUGGAUUUCGGAGCCAUCCCAGUGCAUCCUGAUCAAGAGGAGGAGGUGAUUCCCGCGGGCAGCGUCGAUGUGGUCUUCGAAGUGUGCGGCAAUAAAGAGGUGGUGAGCCAGGGCGUGAGAGUUCUGAGGGAGGGCGGGACCUACGUGCUGGUGGGCCUUGUGUGUCCCUCCGAUGCACACCUGCCUGUCACCGCUCUAGUGCUCAAGUGCCUGACGGUCGUGGGCGUGCACAACUACACGGCCAAGCAUCUCCAUCAGGCUGUGACCUUCAUGGAGCGCCACCACGACCGCUACCCCUUCGCCUCUCUAGUCGGGCUCGUCUACCCACUCUCGGACUUCAGGUGUGCCGUGGAAGCUGCCCGAAGUGGCCAGUUCUUCCGCGUGGGAGUCAACCCUCAGCAGUGAUGCAAUAAGGUGUGUGUGUGUGUGUGUGUGUGUGUGUGUGUGUGUGUGUGUGUGUGUGUGUGUGUGUGUGUGUGUGUGUGUGUGUGUGUGUGUGUGUGUGCUACAAAAAAGCUAUGUAAAUCAUUCUAGUCUCACAUACUAAAGUGUUUUCAGUGUUUUAUAAAUGCACUGCGUCUUGAGUCAAGCUAGACUGGGAUAACUUCAGUUAACACAGGAUUUGGUCUACCUUUGAUAAACACCGCAAAUAAAACAACUGCAAAAAAAGAAAA